CAUUGUCCUUUUGCGCUUGGAGUAUUAAUGGCCUUUCUUCGAAAUAUCUUGGAAAUAAGUUAGAUAAUACUGAUUUUUUGAGUGUUAUUAAUAACUCCGAUUUUAUAUUGUUAACAGAAAUUGGCAACUGCUCUAAUCUGGAAAUUGCGGGAUACAAAUCUUUUUUUCAAUGUCCCACACCAAAUCAGUCGGGGAGAGGUGGGCGUAACUCCGGAGGAAUCGCUUUAUUUUGUAAGAACAAAUUCCAUAAAAACAUUUCCAUCACUAAAACAACUCAGCAUUUUAUUUGGUUUAAAAUUGAGAAUCGUUUUCUAAAUUCAGUGAAGAAUAUUUACGUCUGUGGUGUCUAUAUACCCCCCUGUAACUCAAAAUACUUCGAUAACGAAAUUUUUGAUCAGCUAGAACAAGACAUAGUACGUUUUUCUUCGAAAGGAUUAAUUAUUCUCAUGGGUGACUUUAACUCGAGAACCGGGAAAUACUCUGAUACUGUCUCAAAGGAGGGAAACAGUAGAAUUAGUAAUGAUCAGUCGGAAUCUGCUUUCCAGCCAACUCAAAGAAACAGUUUUGAUAAUGUUUUAAAUAGCCAUGGGAAACGGCUGUUGGAAAUUUGUAAAACCUUUGACCUAAGAAUAGUUAAUGGUAGAGUUAAUGGAGAUACCCUGGGCAGACCCACUUUUCAUGGAAAAAACGGAACGAGCGUUAUUGAUUAUCUAAUAUGUGAUCAGUGUACAUUUCUCAACGUUGCAAAUUUUGUUGUUAAACAGCCAUCUUAUUUAUCGGAUCAUAGUGCCAUCGUGGCAUGGCUCAAUCUUAACACCAGGUUAAUUGGAGACGAAAUGCACACUCCAAACAGUAGCAAUAGAUUAUCAAAAUUACCACGGCAAUUUUGCUGGGAAGUUGACUCACAUUUAAAAUUCAAAAACGCACUGCGCACGGAACCAAUCCAAAUUCUAAUUAGACAAUAUAUGGAGAGAAACACCGAAGAUGUGAAUAUCUCCUUAGAAAACGCUAUGAAAAUUCUAACUGAGAGCUCCAAGCUAUGCCUAAAAAUUAAAGCUAAGAAAACUUAUAAGUGUAUUAAGAAAUCAUCCAACAAGAAAUGGUUCGACUGUGAAUGUCGCUUGAAAAGGCAUGAAUUACGAAAAGUCUCAAAUGAAAAGCACCGUGACCCCCUCAACUCCGAAGUGCGGGAAAGAUAUCACAAAACCUUGAUUGAUUACAAAAAGCUCCUAGACACAAAGAAGAGAGGAUUCCACAAAGAAAAAAACAUUACAACUCGACGAACUAGCUUUAAAUCCUGACAAGGCGUCAUUUUGGAAUUGUUUAAAUUCUAUGAGCGACACUUUCAACGAAAAUGUUCCUGCCCCAAUCUCGGAAGAAUCAUGGCUUCACCAUUUCAAAUCUCUGCAUUCUAUUGACCCGACGAAUUCCACGCAUGAACAUGAAAUCCAUAGGGAACUAAAUUCUUUAGAACACGAAAAGGAACAGUUUAACCAUCUCGAUUAUGAGAUAACUGAGAGGGAAAUACGUCAAGCGGCGAAGAAAUUGAAAAAUAAGAAAUCACCAUUUGUUGACAAAAUACGAAAUGGAAUGAUCAAAGCAAGCCUCGAACCACUAAUGCCUGUCUAUGUCAAACUUUUUAACCUCAUUUUACAAUCCGGAAAAAUGCCAGAUGUUUGGUGUCAAGGCCUCAUAACCCCAAUUUACAAAUCUGGUGACAAGAGUGAUCCAACAAAUUACAGAGGCAUAUGUGUUUCUAGUUGCCUUGGAAAACUGUUCUGUUCUAUUUUAAAUCGAAGACUUCACUUGUAUUUUGAGGAAAAUAAGAUAUUACAUAAUUCCCAAAUUGGCUUUUUGCCUGAAAACCGCACUGCAGACCAUUUUUUCACUCUAAGGACCCUAAUAGAUAAAUAUGUGCAUUAUCACAAAGAAAAAGUCUACGCUUGUUUCGUAGAUUUCCGCAAAGCGUUUGACUCUGUUUGGCACGAAGGAUUGUUUUAUAAGCUGCUAAAAACGAAUAUAGGAGGAAACUUGUACAACCUCAUGAAAAGUCUUUAUUGCAACUCGACAUGUUCCAUCAAAAUCGGUGAAAACAAAACACAGCGCCUUUUUCAUAUUCCAGAGGUGUACGUCAAGGCUGUAUUUUAAGCCCUCUUUUAUUUAACCUCUAUUUAAACAAUCUACCACUUUUAUUCGAAAACACCUUAUCUGGCCCAUUUGUUCUCCCAAAUGGGAAAAAAAUAAAUUCACUUUUCUACGCAGAUGAUUUAGUUAUUCUAUCAAGAUCGAAAACUGGAUUACAGAACUGUUUAAAUGCGCUUUCUUUGUAUUGUGACAAAUGGAAGUUAAAAAUUAAUCCGAAGAAAACAAAAUUAUGAUAUUCCAGAAACGCCCAAAAAAUCUAUUGACAUCAAAUUCAACAUAGGCAGUGAGUCAAUUGAAAUUGUCCAAGAAUACACUUAUUUAGGUACACGUUUAACUCCAACGGGAAACUUUACACUUGCACUCGAACACUUAAAAGAAAAGGCCCUUCACGCGUUUUCUAGAAUUCGGAAGCGGACAAUUCUUAACAAACUUAAUCCUAAUACUGCAUCCCAAAUUUUUGACACCAUGGUAUUCCCAAUCUUGAGUUACAGCAGCGAGGUAUGGGGAAUGUACACCAAGCAAGAUUUUAAAAAAUGGGAUAGCUCCCCAAUAGAAAAAAUCCACCUCAAAUUCUGUAAACGUUACUUAGAGGUUAACAAUAAGGCCUCUAACAUAGCCUGCAGAGCUGAACUUGAUAGACUGCCGCUGCUUAUCCCGAUAAAUCAGAAAAUUAUGAAAUAUUUUGUUUACCUCAACAACAAAGAUAAUGACUCUAUAGUCAAACAGUCUUUCCUUAUGUCAAAGAAUCUACAUUCUAUGAAUAAUUCCGGAUAUUUUUCCAAUUUCAUAAACAUGCUUGAACAAUACAAUCUAACCAGUUUAGAUGCUGAAUCUCUAGAUAAUGAUAAAAUUAGACGAUAUACCACAGAAAUGAGAGAGAAAUAUCUAUCCUUUUGGCGGCACAGCCUCGAAAAUUCAAAAAAACUAGAAUUUUAUAAAACUUUUAAAGAUGAAUAUUCUACAUCUGAUUAUCUCUACCAGCUAAGACAUUAUGACGAACGACAGAAUUUUCUUAAAUUUAAAAUAAGUAAUCACAAACUUAUGAUUGAACAUGGUCGAUACCAAAUCGAUCAUUUGCCAAGAGAAAAUAGAUUAUGCCCUUUAUGUAACUCAAAUCAGGUAGAAGAUGAGAUUCAUUUCCUCUUUCAAUGUAACAAAUACUCAGUACAGAGACAGGCAUUUAUUAAUCAAAUCAAUCGAAUAAUACCUGACUUUGACAAGAAAUCAUCUCCAGAAAGCAUAAAACUGAUAAUGAAUUCGAAGGAACAUCAUGUAAAUAAGUUAGUUAUGAAGUUUGUUUCCUCCUGCAUGAAAAUACGUGAUUCAUUGUUAGUAAUGUAACCGAAUUUUUCUAGAUUAUUAUUAGUGCUGUUUUGUUUUAUAUUUUGAUUGUCAUAUACAUGCUUUUGCAAUACUGUAAAAUGAUGCGGUCAUGCAAAUAAAGCAAUUUAUUACUACUAUUAUUACUACUACUACUACUACUACUACUACUACUACUACUACUACUACUACUACUACUACUACUACUACUACUGCUACUGCUACUGCUACUGCUACUGCUACUGCUACUGCUACUGCUACUGCUACUGCUACUGCUACUGCUACUGCUACUGCUACUGCUACUGCUACUGCUACUGCUACUGCUACUGCUACUGCUACUGCUACUGCUACUGCUACUGCUACUGCUACUGCUACUGCUACUGCUACUGCUACUGCUACUGCUACUGCUACUGCUACUGCUACUACUACUACUACUACUACUACUACUAUUAAAAUGUACGGCUUGGCAAGACCCAACUAUAAUCUAAUAAUGUUUUUUUUUUUUUUUAAAAUUGACACAGCGAGUUUUACUUCAUCCGAGAGGUGUUUCCAAAGCAUAGCACCGCUAAAUUUAAAACUUUAGAGACUCUCUUUUUGCUUCAGGAAGUUUCAGAGCAGUAGCCGUGUUACGUAGAUGGUAAUUAGUCUGAUCGACAUUUCCUCUCACAAAACAGUUCUUUAGGCCGGGUAGGUGUGUUCAUUUCCUACUUUAUACAUUAAAAUUGACACUGCACAGCGCCUUCUAUCGUAAAGUGCUGGUCAAGAAAGAGAGUGAAUGAAAUCUGUGGAGCGAAUAUCAUAGCUGGCACCAGUGAGAACUCUAGCAGCAUGUGACUGGAAUCUUGUCCCACAAAGGAGAGCAGGACUCAAAAUAUGGCUGAACUAAGCCCUUAUAAAUGUUUUCCAGAGUACGUCCGGGAAAAAAAUUUUGGAUGGUUCUUAUACCCGCGCUAACCUUCUUGCAGAUAAUAUCGAUAUGACAGUCCCAGCUAAGCGUUUCAUCUAUGUGAACUCCGAGGCACUUAUGUGCACUAGUUCUCGGUGUAGGUUGAAUAUUUACCACAAAGGGUUGCUCACUUACCUUAUUAUUCAGACUGUGGGAGGAGCCAAUAAACAAGAGUUUGGAUUUAGGCGGAUGUAUAUGAGGUUUAUUCUUGAUGACUCACUUUCGGACUUGAGGGAGGUCAGAAUUAAGCUUCACGAUAAGUUUGUUUGCAUCGUGGUUAAUUUUAGACUGUCAGGCAAAUCGUUAACGUAUAAUAGAAGCGAAAGGGGCCCUAGGAUGAAUCCCUAAGAGACUCCGCAAGUGAUUAUUUUCUUAGAUGACAGCUCACCGUUAAUAAUGCAUUGCUGUUCCCUGCUCAUAGAAUGAUGUUCCCUGUUAGUUAGGUAUGAUUUAAAAAACAGUUGAAGUCCAUACCAAGGAUACCAAAUGUCCAUUCACCUUGGUUAUCAGGAUGUCGUGAUUAACGGAAUCAAACGCACUAUUAAUAUCCAGGAAUACGACACCAUUCAGUUUACCAUAUCAAUAUUUUCCAGCCAUCACCACACAUUUGGAUAAGGGACGUUAAUGUCGAGUGAUUUGGGCGGAAUUCAGACUGAAAUUUUGAUAGCGUAGAGUUUUCGGUUAGAUAGCUAUAGAGCUGACGGAAGACCUCUUUUUCAAUAGCCUGUGAACAGGCCUUUGGUCGAGCGUGGAACUAGGGAGAGGAAAAAGCGAAAAGGCCUGCAGACAAACAUUUGGGACCGCCGUUCCACGGCACCAUCUGUGCAUUAGAUCCUGAUGCAAGUUCUUUUUGGCGAGAACACUGACUGUUGACAGGUCUGAUUGACAUCGGCAGUUCGGUCGGCACGUAGCACUCGUUUUGAUCACAAAGUGGAAAUAACAAAACACUCCAAAGGCUGUUAAGCUUGUUCAAAAGCUAUUACCAAGGGAGGAACUACGCGCUCCUGUCAAAAGACUCAAAUUAACUGUAGAAAAACACUAGACUGGAGUUUACCGAGUCACAAUGCAAUUCCCCAUAGAUGAUGUAGCUUCGGUUUAAACUGCACUUGAAUCUCAUAACUUUGGAUCUGUAAAUUACUAUCCGUCAUAAUUUUUGAACAUUCUGCAAAGAAAACUAACGAGCUGGGCCCAGCGUGAUACAACAUUUCAGAAAAACUUUACAUUCACGGACUAAAGAAAAUCGCUUAGUUAUUCAGAUCCAGAAGGCACUUUGGAGAAAAGUAAGACCCUUAUUCAGCCGCAAUAAAAAGCUUUACGCUUCAAAAGAGUUCAAAGAAAAUGCUCUUGCAUCAGAGCGCAAAUCCUGCAGACCUCAGACAAAAUCCACAGUAAAUCGAUAUGUAUGCCAUGACCUCUCAGUGUGAAGCAAGCGCCGGGCUAAAAUCACAUUUGCUCAGUGAAAAUGUAGAACCUUCCAGAGCAUAAUCUAGCCAGCAGAGGAAAAAACGUAUGGGAACAAGCAGCAUUUUGGCUUGAGGUAAACGUCGUGUAGGCCUACUGCCCCCUUUUUUCGCUAUAAAUACUGGAUAAAUACCCAAAGGUGUAAUUCCUGUCGGCGAUCGAAGCGCUGCUGAUUUCUUUGUAGUUGUCUUUGGAGGUUCACGUUCUGGAGAAUUCAUGAUAGUAUCUGUACCUUUCGCAUUCCAAGUUCGCUCAUUGCAGGGGCUUGUUGAAUUAGAAACUGAACUAGCAAGACGAACGGCCCGUUGCGCACAAGUUAAGUAGCUUAAAUCGGAAAAGCUUUCUCCUUGCAAUUGCUCACGAGGAAAUCUUGAGGAUUCAAAUGCUUGCGCUGUCUUGGCCACUUUCAACCAGCGAGGUCUUAUUUCUUGAAACGCCAAAGACCGGCACCGUAUUAAUUCUCUUACCGGAGAUCAACGAUUUUUUGCAAAAUCGCGGUCCAUUUCACUUUAUUUUGAGACGGGACAAAACAUAGCCUUCCCGUUAAUUUUUCCAGGAGUUACUCACGCGCGAAAAUGAUUGACUGAUAACGAUCUUACUGACAGAUGUUCGGCAAGAUAAUUACAAGAGGGCGGAAUAGCGGCCUCAAAUGUUUGUCUACAGGCUCUCCCCCCACCUUCCCUUCCCUUUUCUUGCUAUUUUUUCCCCAAACAGAGAGCCUGUUCACAGGCUACUUUUUCAAAUGCUUUGCUCACAACAGGUAGAUAUCUAUCAGAUACACUGAAAUAUCUAUUCUUGGAUUCCCUUUCUUUCCGUUUUUUGGGGAAUUCGAAAAAGGAUUGAUAAACAGUUCUAAAGACAGCGGUCUUGUACGCGAACACAUAAUUAGCAAGGAGAAGACCACUGUUCACGAGAAUAAUUUUGCAAAUCCUUUUUGAUUUCCCGAUUGAACGGUAAAAAGAAAUCCAUGAAAUCCGGAUUUGGAUUUCUUAAUUGAUGCAGAUUUCAAAAUCUAAAUGCGGAUUUCCCCAUCGAACGGAACCUAACUGAUCUAUUUGGUAAAGUGAGCACAGAAAAAUCAGUUGUUGUGUGUGUGGGCAUCAGGCGAGGAUUUCAUUACAUCACAAUUAAGGUCACCAACUCAUCAGUUCUUUGUUCUCAGCGUCGCACUUUUGAAGAAAAGUGUUGCAUUCAUUAAAUAGGUCCAUGUCUGAAUUUGGUAGCCUAUACCUGGUGCAGACAACAAAGGAUUUACGAUGUGGGCGGCUAUUAUCUGCACAAACCGUCUCAAGACGGUCAGGCACCAGGUCUUCUCUAUCUACUUAGGGUAUAUUAUCUCGAAUAUAUGACGCAACACAGCCUCCGGCUCUUUCACGGUCUUUCAUAAUCAAAUUGUAACCAGGUAUACUCAUUUUAUUAUCAUGUAUCGAGUCGUUGACCUUAGACUCGUUAAAGGGACUGUGUCACCAAAUAUGCUAUUUUCGCCAAAAUAGCCCCUCUCAACCCUCUCACGAAUUUUUUAGCCAGAUCCGCCAUUUUUGCCAUUGCUGGCUGAUUUUCCUAUUUUCGUGACUAUCCAAUUUCAAUAUUUGCCAAACCCAUCCCGAUUUUCGCCAGAUUCUCCAUUUCUGUCAGAUUUGCUUUUUUCGUCAACUUCUCUACUUUACAAGGAGCCCCUCUCGAGAUCUCAUUUCUACUGAGCCAUCAGGCGGUUUUUCAGAUUUUGGUUGUUGCAUGCAUACCCAUCUACUUCCAAAAGUGGGCAAAUUUAAAUUUCAACAAAUUCUUUUAUGUAAAAUGCUCUAAAACAAAUAGCACCAUUCGAAAGUACCGUUGGGGAGGCUUCAUACCUGUAUUACCGAGCCUGGCUUCAUCAUUCAUCCUGAGAUUAUAAGGGUUCAAUAAAAAUGAUGUUCAUAACCGAGGGAAACUGGAAGAAACGUUUAAAAAAUCGAGCGAAGUAUGCGCUAAACGUACAGGAGUGAUGGGGAAGAGGCAGGCUCCCCGUCCAACCCCCUCGCACUUUGUAUGGAUACUUCCGCCCAGCUCGUGAAUAAAAAAAAAAUACUGGAAAACAAAAAUAGAGGGCUGCAAACAGUCUAAGAGUCAGAGGAAAAGUCCUUUCCCGAGGUAACUCAUAAUUGUUUUUGAACGGCAUAUAGCUCGUGACAUUCGCCAUUUGCACAUCUCGCGUAAUGCACCUUGUUUCCCCUCCCAAAAUUUUGCAAAACCUUUGUUUUUCAUUUCUUAUUCAUUUCAUUUCCAGUUAUGGAAAACAUAUUGUGCGUGUUUCGGGUUUUUCUUGCUUCAUUAGGUAUCAGAUUAUGUUGAAAUGUUGGCAGUAUUCACCGACGCAGAGACCUACAUUUGAGGAGCUGGUCAAAGAGUUCGAUGCUAUGUUGGUGUCACUAUCGGAUAAAGUUGACUCAGCAUGUCAAUUGGAAGAGGUAUAAGUGGGUUCACUGCUUACUAUACUAAGGGCCUUUUUACAUGGAGGUAGGGGACCCCACUUAUCAUGUAAACGUGAUCAAAUUAAAAUGAGAGAUUAUAUGGACAGGCGGAUUACCCCACGUAAGCGGGUUACCCCACCUACCUGGGUCCUCCACCUCCAUGUAAACAGGCCCUAAGUCGGCCAAUAUAGUGAUCACAUACCGCAAGAGUGAGACAAAAGUUAUUUGAAGCCGAAUUUCAAUCAGAAAGUUGAUUUUCCGCAAGGCGAAAGUUACCGGCGCUCAUACCAGUCGGUUCAUACGUUUGUCCAUUUUUAAGUGUAAUUUGUUUGAGAAGGAUAUAGUUGAGGAACUGUAGGGAUCUACAGGGAUUUUUCCCGGCGCAUUUUUCUUUCAUUAACGAAAAUGAACCCAUUCUGACUCCUGAAUCAGUGGGAUUACAACCGGUACAAAAAAUGAAAUAAAUAAUAAAUAAAUAAAUACAGGAGCCGAUUACUUGGAGCCUCCAUACGUGCUGUACCCUUGAGUCAACCCUUUCCGAUAAAGAAUUAUUUUUAGAACAGGCUUUCCCGCGAAAUUAAUUAAUUGUUUUCGAGGACGUCUGCAUAUUUCUGUAGUGAGAAAAAAAUGGCGACGAUAGAGGGAAAUUGGCCAACAAGUUUACUACUUGUUCCAUCUCCGUAGCUCCUGCCUGCGUUCCUUCCCUUACAACCGAGGAAAGCUGGUUUCGAGUUAAUAUAAACAAUAUAAUCUAGCUUAAAAAUAUUGCUAUAUUUUGUUGCAACGCACGAGGUCGUGUUUGCUGUUGUAGCACUGUUCGGAUGUUUAAAUUUUGCUCGUAAUGUUGUAUUCCAUCGCCCUUAUUUAAAAGGAGCUUUUCAAAGAAUUAAAAAGUGAAACUCUUUGUUGGAGAGCCAGACUUUUUAAAAGGGAAUUGGAGCGCUUACGGUAAGGUCUGUACGGAACCGGCAAAUCGGAGGCAAUUUUGCGCCUUCCGUGAUCUUUGUAAGUAGAAACUGUUGUGUCUACUGUGUCCUAUCUACCGCAACCUGGGACAGCGAAAAUCAAGAUGUUUUCUCAUGAUUUUGAUGGAUUUCAUUUAAAGAAGCAAAACGUCGAAGUGAAGAAAGGUAUCGGCUUAUGUUGUCCGGAUUUUUAUUCAUUUUGACGGUGCUAUAUAAGUUAUUAUUUAGUUGCCACAAGACAUGAAAGCUACAAAAACCCUUUGAGUGCAGAAUUAUCAAACUCAGGAAGAAAUUCAACACUGUUUGGCAAUCACACUAUUUCUCAAGAUGCUACAAGAUUUCAUGGCCGCAGCAUAUACUUGUAGACCUCAAAUAACCGCAAAAGAAAUAUACAGGAGGACGUGACAUGCCGAAACAUAUAACUUGAUGUGCAGCCAACUGUCAAGAUAACAAGUAAACUUGAAGACGUGGCAGGCUUUAAGCGGGUAUUUUUAACCCGAUAGAAGAUCAGAACUAUCAUCAGAUAACUCUUCCACGCUGGCUACCGCCAUUGGUGGCAGCAAUUCAAAUCCCGCUUCUGUGACUCAGCGUGUGACGUAUGAUCAUAGCUCUGCUCUGAUUGGAUAUUACUGAGAAGGCGUGAAAAAUAUCCGCGAAAGCUAUUUCUAGAAAUAAUUUUUCGUCGGAAAGGGUUGACUCCAAGGGCUUAUAUG